AUCGCGUGAUUGUAUUCCUCGGAUGGCUACGUAGAGCACUCGGACCGACCGUGGACGGGACCGCGACCGCGAUUAGGAGCGUGGAACAUAGUCGUGUCGAACAUCGAUCAGCGCCGUUCAGUGGAACGUCGUGCCGCGUGUUGGCUGGCAUUAUUCUUGACGGUGGUAUGCCGAGUUUUCCGUUUCCAUCCGACCGAAAACCAGAUCGUUGUUCCUGCCACCAAAGAGAACUCGGGACGUUCGCACGCCUCUAGCUCAGGCGGUGGUCGAGCCGUUCCCUCGAUAACGAGAUAAGUCCGUCCCGAGAGAUAAACGAUUUGAAUCAUGGUGGAGCACGGCAAGCGGGACCAUCACGUCGGCGCGACGAACAAUGGCACCGAGGGGCGAUGAUUGAAACGGGAAUACCGGAGUUUGCACAAGCCAGAACGAACUAGCGUGGUACGGAGCGUGUAGAGCACGGGGCUCGCUGUUGAACCGCCGUCAGGAUCAAGUUCGCGCGGAAACUGUUACGGAGCGAUCGAAGAUGAAGCUCGAAGGCGGUUGCUCGCACGAGGAUAACACCAACGAGAUCCUGCUGCAGCCCAGAAAGGGCUCGGGGACCCGGCUGCAAAUCGUCCCGACGCAGCCGAAGACGAUCACCCAUUUGCCGAAGAGGCCGCCGGUCGACCUGGCGUUCACGGACCUGGUCUACUCGGUGCGAGAGGGACACAAAAGCAAUGUGAAGACAAUCCUGAAGUCCGUCAGCGGCCGGCUGCGAUCCGGCGAGCUGACGGCCAUCAUGGGCCCUUCCGGCGCGGGGAAGUCCACGCUUUUAAACAUCCUGACCGGAUACAAAUGGAGCGGAGUGGAGGGCAGCAUCACGAUGAACGGCCACGAGAGGAACCUUAGUGCCUUCAGAAAGCUCUCGUGCUACAUCAUGCAGGACAAUCAGCUACACGCUAACCUAACGGUGGCCGAGGCCAUGAAGGUCGCCUCGAACCUUAAACUCGGCGCGAAUGUGAGCAAAGCGGAGAAAGAGGAAGUGAUCCAGGAGAUCCUUGAGACUCUAGGUCUCUCGGAGCAUGCUCUCACGAUGACCUCGAACCUCAGCGGUGGCCAGAAGAAGAGGCUCUCCAUCGCUCUUGAAUUAGUCAACAACCCGCCCAUAAUGUUCUUCGACGAACCGACCAGCGGUCUGGACUCUUCGUCCUGUUUCCAAUGCAUCUCGCUGCUGAAGACUCUGGCUCGAGGUGGCCGGACGAUCAUCUGCACGAUCCAUCAGCCCAGCGCCAGGCUGUUCGAGAUGUUCGACGCUUUGUACACCUUGGCGGAGGGCCAGUGCGUCUACCAAGGGUCCACGUCGCAGCUGGUGCCGUUCCUUCGAAACAUAAACCUGAACUGCCCUAGCUACCACAACCCGGCCUCUUUCAUAAUCGAGGUGUCCUGCGGAGAGUACGGCGACAACAUCAAGAGCCUGGUGAACGCUAUCAACAAUGGAAAGUACGAUAUUCGGGAGGGCCAUCCGUUCCCCGAGAACAAACCCGAGGCUCUGAACAACGAACCCGCGGAGGCGUUCCAGAAGGACGAAGCCGCGGAGAACGCGGAGCCGAAGGACAAGAACGACAUGAAGAACUUGGAGGAGAAGUUUCAGGACAAGAACACGAAGGUGGCGAACAAUAGAAGCCUGAUCCCGACGUUCGCGAAUAACGAUAUCGCGAAGCAAGCGGACGUCGUGAUAUCCAUGGACAUCGACAAGAAGGACAAUGCUGAUGCGGCCUUGUUGGACGACUCUCUCAAUGGUAGAACUCCGGAGAGAUACCCUACGUCGGAGCAUCAACAAUUCUGGAUCGUUUUGAAGAGGACCUUGCUCUUCAGUCGCAGGGAUUGGACUCUCAUGUAUCUUCGACUGUUCGCUCACAUCCUGGUAGGACUUCUGAUCGGUGCGCUGUACUACGACAUCGGCAACGACGGCGCCAAAGUACUUAGCAACCUCGGGUUCCUCUUCUUCAACAUGCUGUUCCUCAUGUACACGUCCAUGACCAUCACAAUUCUAUCUUUUCCACUGGAGCUGCCGGUGCUUCUGAAGGAGAACUUCAACAGAUGGUACUCGCUGAAGUCCUACUACUUGGCCAUCACGGUGUCUGAUAUACCGUUCCAGGCAAUAUUUUGCGUGAUAUACGUCACGAUCGUGUACUUCAUGACGAGUCAGCCGGCGGACUUGAUGCGGUUUAGCAUGUUCCUGGGGACGUGUUUGCUGAUCGCGUUCGUCGCACAAUCGGUCGGUCUGGUCGUCGGAGCCGCGAUGAACGUGCAAAACGGAGUGUUCCUGGCGCCGGUGAUGUCUGUGCCGUUCCUCCUGUUCUCCGGCUUCUUCGUCAGCUUCGACGCUAUCCCUGUGUACCUCAGGUGGAUCACCUAUCUGAGCUACAUCAGGUACGGGUUCGAGGGCACCGCGCUGGCCACGUACUCCUUCGGUCGGGAGAAGCUGAAAUGUUUCCAGGUAUACUGCCACUUUAAAAAUCCGGAGACCACCCUGGAGGAACUGGACAUGCUGGACGCGGACUUCACGCUGGACAUUCUUGCCCUGCUACUGAUAUUCUUGGUUCUCCGAAUCAGUGCCUAUCUAUUCCUCCGUUGGAAACUGAAGACUGCGCGAUAGGCCUUCCCCGAUGAUCUGUUAAACAUUUACGAGCCGAUGUAGAACGCAUGGAAAAUUUUGCUAAACGAACCGUGUGACAGAACCGAAACGGUCCUCGGUGCCAUCCCGAACGUCUCGACGGCCGUUCCGCCGAGAGACGGGCUGUCCGUUGUCCGUCGAACCAAUUGUUGCACGCCGACUAAUCCAUGAGAUCUAACCCAUCGUAAUUUAUUCGAUUUUCUUAGUUUUAUAAACGACAAACGACGACUAAUGCAGCAACCGACGCGACAGCGUUCGUUCAGGGUACCAUUUCGUCCUUUAUAAUGCGUUUAAUUAGACAAGGUAGCAUGGUCUCCGGGGGGAGGGUGCACCCGAGCACACGAGGAUUGCGGGGCGGGAAGGUGGCGCGCACGUUUCGAGAUGACCCCGAUCGGGAACGGGACCGCCGUUCCCCCGCAGGAAUAAGAGGCGUUAAUUGAUAAACGUUUCGCGAGCGAUCACAAUUUCUGUUCUAACCACCACCUAUGGCUGUGAGUUUGACGACGCAGAAGAGUUAACGGGGGCGACAAACGGAUCAUCUUGCCAACACUUCGAUAAAACGUAUGUUCGUCGGCGGCGAACGGGGUGCCCCACGUUCGUCCUAACUCUUCUCAAUUAACGUGUCUCUUAUACAAUAUACGGUAGCAUUGUAUAUUCUGAAACUAAUCGCGACACACCUCUAUUUUGCAAACGAGCCUACUUUUUUGUAAGAAACUGAAACACAACCAGAUCGGAAACGGAUAGAAAAAAGGAAAAAGUGAACGCGAAAAAUAGUACCGAACUAGCUUUUCCAAGGCCCACAACGGUGUCGUCGGAUCAACGCUUAGCGAUCCCGGACAACCGACGUUCUUCUUGUUCUUUGUCCUUUUCUUUUAUACGUAAUUGUACUAUACACGACGCCGACUCAAACAGAUGUACUUUAAACAGAAAAUACGUUUCUAUAUAUUUA